AUGGCCGCAGCCAUCCCCGCCUGGGCAGAUCCGGCGGCCUUCACCAAUGUGCUUGCAGCCUCUUGUAGGGCUCGAAGGUGGCAGCAUGCUUUUGCAGCCCUCGAGGCGGCCCAGAAACAGGACAAGGCCAAUGUCAUCCACUUCAACGUGAUCCUGCGGAGUUGCCAGCAGGCGGAAGCUUGGGAAACGAGUCUCGGAGUGCUCGGCAGUUUUCCUGGAUUGCGUAUGCAUCCAGAUGCGGUGAGCUGGACCGCAGUGAUCACUGGCUUGAAACCUUUUUGGCAGUUGUCUUCCCAUCUGCUUCAUGCCGCAUCGAGACGAGGGGCAACUGACAGCAUCACUUUUGGCGCUGCAUCGCUUGCCUUUGAAAGUGACGGUCUUUGGACCCGCUCCCUCGCCCUGCAGACCUACAAUCAACAGGGAGGAGGCCUCUGCGAUGCCGUGCUCGUGGGUAGUGCUGCCAGCGCUUGUGACAAGGGCUGUGCUUGGGCCGAUUCUCUUGGACUGCUUACCUGGGCAAGUGCUUCCCGCAUCAGGCUGAGCGACAUCUGCUUCAGCGCUGCAACGAGUUCGUGCUCUCGUUCCUGGCAGUGGGAGGUAGCCUUGGGCCUUCUUCAGAGCUCCGCUCGAAUGGGUUUCCAGACGUCCCUGAUCAUCCUAAACUCAGCGGAAAGCGCGGUGGCGAAGGCGGGUUCAUGGUGGGGAGCUUUGUCCAUUCUCAGGAUCUUCCAAGCAGGCCGCGUCGAGCCUGACGCCGUGAGCCACAAUGCCUGCCUCACGUCGUUGAAGCCCAGAGGACGCUGGGAGGAGGCGGCAGCCCUGCUCUCUGCCAUGCAGCAACGUGCAGUGCCAGUGGGAGAUGUGAGCAUCAAUGCAGCCCUGGCCGUCCUCUGGGAAGCAGGUCGUUGGCGUGGCAGUUUGGCUCUGCUGCAGCAUCGGCAGGUCGCUGAUACGCCUGUGGGAAGCAUGCGACUGCCGACGUUGCGCUCGAUGGAUGGAAUUCGCUUGCGGGAGACGCUGUCACUGUGUGAGCAGGCUGCGUUGUGGGACUUGGCGCUUGACCUGUUGCAGUGGCAGGCCACCGCGCUCCUUCAACCGAGCACUGCUGGAAUUUGCAGCGCGGCGCGGGCAUGUGAGCGGGCGCGGCAGUGGCAGCAGAGCCUCGUGGUUGCUGGCCGACACAGUCCCGCAACGGGAAGUAUAGCAUCCAUGUCGGCAGAGGAGCUGCUGCAAAGAGUGUGGAUGGGCGCACAGCAGCUGCGGUGGGAUGAGAACUGGGAGGCAGUGGCACAGGCGCUCGCUUCAAAACUCGGGCAGCUUUCGCUGGAAGAUCUGGCUACGGCACUGUGGUCCUUCGGCACUUUGGUGAAGGCUCCUGCCAGCUUUUUGGAGGCAGCUGCAAAGGAGGCUGUCCAGAGGCUCGAGCUGGGUGAGGCAGCCACGCCGAGAACUCUGGCAGAUCUGGCAUGGGGCUUUGCGACACUGGGUUUUCAAUCGUCUCGGCUCUUCGAUGCCCUGCAGCUGCGGAUCCUCAGGUGGGAGGAUGAGUGCCACAUCUGUUGUCGCUCCAACUCCGAGCGGGCCCAGUUUGUGAGCAAAGCCCAGGUCGUGGUUUGGGCAGCAAGCCACGUGGGUGCCCUGCAUGAGACGGUAUUGCUGUACCUCCAGGACCUGUUUCGAAGACUUGCCGACCUGCUUGAAGCCGAGCGGGGAAGCUUCGCACACCCAGACACCACACUUCCUGCGGCAGGAGGUUUCCGAGGCCUCCCUGUGCCGCACGUCCUGCAGAACUUCCACGACAGGCGGCUACAGCUUCGGUCGCCUUCGAAAGGCUCUCGGCUCAAGGAUCUGUUGGGCCUUGGGCUGACGGCUUACCCGCUUACAGUGCGCAAUGCGCACGAAGCCGAGACGAAGACGUGCGUGCAUGGUAGUGUUGCGAGCUGGUGGGCUGCUGGUGGAUUAGGUUCAGGCACGCAGUGCCACAAGGAUGAGACUUUCCGAGGCUCUACAGGUGGCCGUGCAGGUCACCUAGACAGCGAGUCGGCCUGGCCGCGUGACCAUGCUCGAGGGGGAGGAAAGCUGAGAAUGUCGAUUUACGUGCACUUCAUUCGGGCUCAGGCAUUGGCUCAGGCGCAUAAGAUGCAGGCAAGCCGCGAGGAGCGGGAGAGAGCCGAGAUGCAACGCAUCCUGGAAAAGCGCCCGGUGAAUCGCAAUCCAAGUUUCAACCGGCCAGUGCGGCCCAUGCCCAUGCGCCGCGGCUGCGCAGGUCUCCUCUCCAUCGAGGGGCCUUUCUUGGAGACUCUGAGGCCAGUGCCAGCCCUCCACACGAAGCAACGACCCCUGCCGAAAAGAGGUGAUUACGCAUUUAUUGAGGCAGUUUGCCGGUUUGGAGCUUUCGACACGGUUCCUACGGAUUCGGCAGCCUUCGGAGACUCUGCCUUGUUGUGUCUUGUCAGUGCCGAGCAUGGCCUCCAGCAGGCCAAGGUUGCGCGGGAGUCCCAGGAGGAGGCCAACAGCCAGGCGAGAACAAAUCGCUUAGCUGCGACAUGGCCGGAGCAGGCCACCCCGACAAGGUCGAAAUCCUCUGCGCCUUCGAGAGAGCAGAAGGUCGACUCAAGGGAGCAACUUCCACCACGGGCUGCAAGCGAACGGGCCCGCACUGGCGAUCAUGAAGGCGUGGUCACCGCCGAGGAGCCUCCGCCCACUCCAGUUGCCGAAAUGACGGCGAAGGGCCGCGAGUGGCUCGUCUUCCGUCUUCGCGAGGUCUACACGGCUCCCCGGCUACCGCACGUCAUGGCCAGCGAGUGGAAGCCGAUCGCCCACUCUGCGGAGCAAAUGAAGUUCGGCGUUUGCAAGUUUAGCAAGAUCGCGGGCGUGGAGGCGAAAGACCGAGAAAGAUGGAAAAAGGUCCAGACAGGCGAGCUCAAGGUUCUGGCGCCCGCGAGGCCGAGGCGGCCGAGGGUUCCUCCGGGACCUCGGCGCUUGGUCGCCAGGCCGCCGGAGGUGGAUGUGCAGACCGAGCCGGAGCAGCAAAUCUCAGCGCCUUCCCCCAAGCGAUCACCUUCAGGACACGAGCGCUGGAAGGCCAGACGAGAGCCGCAGGAGUGCCCCUGGUGCGGCUGUAUGGAGCCCCCCACGCACCCGAAGCAGUGCAAGCUGCGCAUGGUUGAGUGCAAGUACUGCAAGCAGUCCAUGGAGCUGGGAUCCCUGCGACUGCAUUUCAAGCACCCUGGCUGA